UUUACUUCUGCAAGUAGGCACUGCAUUCCCAUGUUCCCCAUAAAAAAAAAAAAAGUGAGCUUCGAGAACGUUAAGGAAUCUUCCCAAGAGCAUGGACACAGAACUGGAGCUGAACACCUACAACCUGAGCAUGCCUACAUGCUGAUGGACCUACAACCUGAGCAUGCCUGUGCGCAUGCACCUGGAUGUUACGGAAACAGCCUUGCCCAGCCUUGCCUUGGGUUCAAACUCAAGAUUAGCUGACUCAACAAGGCAGCCCUACAGGCAAAGCUGGCAGAGUAAAGGCUUCAACUCUUCUCCAUGGCAGCCCACCAAAGCUUGGCCUCGAAGAUCUUCUGUUUAUGCUGCAGAGACUGUGAAGAGCCCCAGGUCAUGGAAGACCCCAAAGUCCCCAGUCAACCCCAGGAGCAUCAGCCUUCCACCUGCAGUUUGCAGAAGGAGGAGCUGGACAGCAAGAAUUCGAAUCAUGCUAAGGAAGCCUCCCGCCUGCCUUCGGGACAAGCUCUGAUUCUCCCAGAAAAGAGAGCCUCCACCACCAGCAACAGUGAGUAUGAAGAACUGAAUACACACGUUUCCCAGAGAGGUUUUUACAAGAGAAACCUAAACCGCUACUCCCGGGACCACUGGCCAUUCCAGCCGUGCCACAUUGGGAGACCCUGACCGUUCUAGACCGCGGCUCCCACGCGGGGCCCGAGGCGACCCGCCGCUGGCGUGUCCGGGAGGAAGAGGGUGGUGAGCAGGGGCCAUGAAGACGGAUUCAGAAACCCCCCCCAGAGGAGGAGAUGACGUCUGAGCCACAUCUGUGCCACUGGCAAGGGUCACUCCAAGAGUCACUCCAGCUCCUGAAAAAGCCACUGUGGGGAGAAUUGCUUCCAAUUAAAGCCCCUGGUGGCAUUGCA